AUGGGAGAAAUAGGUGGCCCGGGCACUGGGUGGGAAAGUAAGUGGAUUUGGGUCAGCAAUGAUAGUGCCCUCGGUGUGUCUCUCCGACCGAGCGGUCUUCACGCCUGCACCUCCCCUGGCCCGCGAUGCCCCUUCUCGGCUGGCAUCACUUUGCCCAUCACUUUGGUACAGAAGUGUGGGAUGGGGGGUGAAAUCGGCGAGCUCGUAAAAAAAGUUUAG